AUGGCUGAGGGCCCCUUCUCAGCCAGGCCCGGAAGUCUCUGUUACUUUCUGGGCCGCUCUCACCAGAGCCCAGGGGACCGGUCCUUGCUUUCCAAGCCGUAGGCGCAGUUGAGAGCAGUCCCUCCUGAGGAGCUUGUAGUCCUCAGGUCAGAAAACACCCCCUGACCUGGCUGGUAGACAGACACGAGAAGGUCGACAAGUAAGACUGGGCAGGGAGGAAAGGGGCCUGCCUGGUUGCUACUGCGGGAGUUUCACCAGAGUGCUCUGAGGAAAUGCUUCCUGGGAAGAGUGUGGUGUCACUCACCAGGCACCAGCCAAGCGCCCUUUGAGUGCCAGGCCUGCGUUUGGACUACAAUGUCGGGCCACUCGGGGCCGCUUGGCCAAUCAGAUCCCCGCUGAGAUCCUGAACAACCCCCAGCUACAGGCAGCCAUCCAAGCCCUACCUUCCAACUACAACUUUGAGAUCCCCAAGACCAUUUGGAGGAUCCAACAAGCCCAGGCCAAAAAGGUGGCCUUGCAAAUGCCAGAAGGGCUCCUCCUCUUUGCCUGCACCAUUGUGGAUAUCUUGGAAAGAUUCACAGAGGCUGAAGUGAUGGUGAUGGGUGAUGUGACCUACGGGGCUUGCUGUGUGGAUGACUUCACUGCAAGGGCCCUGGGAGUGGACUUCUUGGUGCACUAUGGCCACAGCUGUCUGGUUCCUAUGGAUAUCUCAGUCCAAGACUUCCGGGUGCUGUAUGUCUUUGUGGACAUCCGGAUAGACACUGCCCACCUCCUGGACUCUAUCCGCCUCACCUUCCCUCCAGACAGUGCUCUUGCCCUAGUCAGCACCAUUCAAUUUGUGUCAACCUUACAGGCAGCUGCCCAGCAGCUGAAAGCUGAGUAUCGUGUGAGUGUCCCACAGUGCAAACCCUUGUCCCCUGGGGAGAUUCUGGGCUGCACAUCCCCCCGACUGUCCAAGGAGGUAAACGCUAUUGUGUAUCUUGGAGAUGGCCGCUUCCAUCUGGAGUCUGUCAUGAUUGCCAACCCCAGUGUUCCUGCUUACCGGUAUGACCCCUACAGCAAAGUCCUGUCCAGAGAGCACUACGACCACCAGCGCAUGCAGGCUGCUCGCCAGGAAGCCAUUGCCACUGCACGCUCAGCCAAGUCAUGGGGUCUUAUUCUGGGCACUUUGGGCCGUCAGGGCAGUCCCAAGAUCCUGGAGCAUCUGGAAUCUCGACUUCGAGCCUUGGGGCUUCCCUUUGUGAGGCUGCUGCUCUCUGAGAUCUUCCCCAGCAAGCUCAACCUACUUCCUGCGGUGGAUGUGUGGGUGCAGGUGGCAUGUCCUCGCCUCUCCAUUGACUGGGGCAUGGCUUUCUCUAAGCCAUUGCUGACACCCUAUGAGGCAGCCGUGGCCUUGAGGGACAUUUCCUGGCAGGAUCCCUACCCCAUGGACUUUUAUGCCGGCAGCUCCUUGGGGCCGUGGACAGUGAACCAUGGGCGAAACCAAAACUCUCACGGCCCUGCCGGACCUGAAUCUGGGAAGGUGCAGGAGGGAUCCAUGUGCCCCUCUCCAGUCACGGCUUGCAAGGGUUGCAGCUGCAGAGAUGAAAAGGUGGUGCCGCUAGCUCCUUAAGACGCCCGUGGGU